AUGAGCGAUCCGUCGCCGAGCUGUGCAAUCUGCUACGCCCCGCCGGACACAUGUCCAUGUGAAUCUGAGCGCCUUGCAAUCGCCGUCGAGCAAGCAGAGCGUCGGCGCAUGGACGAGCAGCUGAAACACAUCCGGGAAUGGGUCAUAGAACACUCUCGCAUACACAUCCUACACGCAUUCACACGCCUCACUUCCGCCCGCAAAGCCGCUCAUACCGCCUACCUGUCCUCACUUCCCCAUUACGCGAUAUACAUGCAAUACUCCGGCCGCCCACCUCUGCACCCACAAGCCAUGGCUCAGCUGCAAGCCCAGAUAGCCGAAGCACACGCUGAGCUCAAGCGCGGUAUCGAUGCCGACUGGCGAGCAUCCGUGCUACGGUACCCAGAAGUUCUCGACUACUUCUACAGCCUCGUGGAGCUGAAGCUGCCCGGCGACCGGAGCGCAGAGGUGGUCAACCCGCCGUUUGCGAGGGCUGGAUACGCGGACCAGGGUUACGAUCAGCGGAGCCCGAAAGAGGGGAAGAAGAAGAAGAAAGUUCGUGACGAGACGCCGGCGCCGGAGCGGCCGAGGCGCGAGAGGAGGGAUAGCAAUCACUUUCCAAGGCAGAAUGCACCGCCAGUGGUUCCGACACCGCCGAUCCAUCCGGGAUAUGGACCUUACGGCCAUGGUGGCGGGUACUCAGGGUAUGGAUAUCCGUAG